ACUGUCUGUAUUGUGUUUAGGUAUCACAUCAAAGGGGAACUGAAAGGCAAAUCAGAAGUGUUUAUCCAGAACCUUCCUGGAUUUCCAGACCACAUUCGCUUAAGUAGCAAAGGAGGAUACUGGCUGGGUAUUGCAACUAUGCGCACUGACUUUUUUGACUUGAUGCAACAGUAUCCAAGAGCAAAGAACUUUAUAGCAAAGGUUGUCUCCUUACCAUGGUUAGUCACCAACACAGCUGUCAGGUAUGGCCUUCUCUUGGAGCUGGAUGAAAGUGGUAACAUUACCAGAAGCUUCCAUGAUCCAACUGGCAGUGUUAUUCCUGGUUACCUCAGUGAGGUUCAUGAUGAUGGUGAUGUUCUCUUCUUUGGAAGUUUCUUUUCUCCAUUUGUUGGCCGACUGGAGUUGAAGGAGUGACUUAGGAAUAGAUGUCAGUCUUCUGGACUUUCAGAGUGGGAUGCCUGUGGGGGCAUCAGGGAAUAUGCAUACAGAGAAGGGGAUGCUUUUCAUUUCUGUUUUUUCCUUUAUUUGAAAUUUGUUCAUUUUUAUUUGAGAUAAAUGCUUUCAUUGUGUAUGUAUAUGGCAAAAUGCUGACUGAUUUUGUUUUAAUUAAUGACAUUUGUUUUGGGGCACUUUGCUGUGGUGCUUUCAACAAAGUGUAAGACUCUUCCUUAAAAAAUUUAACACCAUUUUCUGAGUUUUUAGAAAAAAUUACAUCCCAGUUGUUUAAAACAUUAAGUUCCUCUUAAGUUAAUUUGGUUAUUCAAUGUAUUUUUUUUCAACUAUAGGUAAAUAUACAAACUCUGAGAUUAAAGCAUUAAAAUACAGUGUACUUUAAAGAUUAGAGGGUUGAUUUGACAUGUGGAGUUUUUACACUCAAGUCUAGGAUUAUGAUUGGCUUACAAAGAGACUGAUGGAGGAACAAAGUGCUUACAAAAAUUAGCAGGAACACCUGUUCUGCUAUUAGAGAGUUUUAGAUACAUGUUUGGUGUGUCAACUGCAGACUGCAGUUGGCAGUUUCAGGUUAGAAGUAAGAAGUCUCAAUAUUUUUGGUUUUGGAUGUCAACAUCAGUGUUCACUUGAAAAAAAUCAACAAGUGUGCUGCCAUCUGGAAUUACAGAAAGGAAGGGGGUCCUUCAUUUCAAAUACAAAGUGUGGCUGAAAGUUUGGUUUUAUAGCAUCCCAAACAGAUUGGUUAAAAAGAAAAGACUUCUUCUCACAUAUAUAUUUACAGGACAUACAGGAAAAAUUUUGAACAGAAAGAAGAAAAGUGCUGAGGGAGUUGACCUACCUAAAACUACCUAGCCAAAAGUUCAAACAUGAACUGCAAACUGUAAACGUGACCAUUGGAGCCAGGUCAGGUUACUCCUUGUGAUUUGUGGUCACAUGUAUUCAGGUACAAACAUGGAUCUAAAACUGUCUAAUGGCUAUGGAACACUUUGUUGAUGUGUGCCUUUGAUUAAAACUCUAGUCUAGGAUUCUUAAAGAGAAUGUUCUAGGAACAAAGUGUUGACAAUAAUUAACAGGGAAACCUUUUUUGCUAUUUGCUAUGGAAUACCUUGUUUAAUGUGUGACUUUGAUUAUAAAUUUUAGCAUGAAAAUACAACUUCAAACAAAUUUCUCCUAUACUAUAAUACUGUCAUUGCAUAACAUGAAAAAGCUACAGGUUAUUAAUGAAAGGAACUUAAAUUG